AUGAUGACUACUUCAAUGGCGGCCGGUGCUCGAAAGGAUGAUAUUGCUACAAGUGGAUUUUCUCGCGUCGAUAUUUUAGGAAACGAAGAUCUUUUCCCAAACGAAGGCUUUGAAUUUAAGCCAGGAAAAUCAAAAUUAACAAAUUCAUACAGAAUGAGUGAAGAUUCUCCAUUCACAAAUACAGUCAAGCAAAGUAUGGCUCCAAAAUCUGAAGAGCAAAAAGUUAUGGAAGAACAAAUGCCAAAUAUGAUUCGUUCAGAACGUCUUUGCACAAAAACAGCAGCCAACGCCAUUGCUACAGGCCAAAUCGGUGAACUUCGUCCACUUCAUUCUCAAAUUGCACAAGAUUGCGUCCAAAAGCAACUGAAGCAACAGUUGAUAAUGAAGGAGCAAACACGUGCAGCACGUAUGAAAGAUGAUGCUCACUGGGCUCAAGUCGAACAAGAGGAAGCCGAGGCAACUCAUGCCUUCUUAAACAGAAACGACAAUUCUAAGCGCGAUCAACAGAAGCAAUUAGCCGAAGUAUACAAGCGUGAGCUCAGACUUCAUAAGCAGAAGGCUCUCGAGCAGCAGGAAAUCGAAAAAGCCGAAGCUGCAAGAAUAGCCAAAAUCCAGGCCGAAGAAGCAGCCGCUGAGAAGGAAAAGGCCCGCAAGAAGAAGGAGGAAGAGAAGAAGGCCCUCGCAGAGUUCGAGAAAACAAACGGAUCCCUUCUUAACCGCAAGAAACGUCAACAACAAGAAGAAGCCGCAAUUGAAGCCGCUGUUCAGAAGGAGAAGGAGCAGAUCGAAGCCCAGAAGGCAGAACGUGAAGCCCAUCUCCAGAAGAUCCGCGAAGAGAAAGAAAAACGUCGUGAAAAAAUUUUCCAAAUUCAAUCGAAGAAAUUCUUAGAACUUAAAGCAAAGAACGAACGUAUUAUUAAUACAGCAGCCUCAGAGCUUGCAGAGCGUGAGGAAGCAGAGAGACUUGCUGAAAUCGAGAGAAAACAACAGAUGAGAAAACAAAGAAACGAAGAUUGGCAGAAUUCUCUCAAGCUCAAGGCUCAGAGAGAAGAGGAGAAGAAGAACAGACCAAAGACACCUAUUGAAGACGACAAAUACGACGAAGAACGCGCUUUCGAAGAAGUUACUCGUCGUGAGGAGAUGAAGAGACUCCGCGAGGCCCAGUUAAGGCAGAUUGCUGAGAGAAAGGCAAGAGAAGCAAAGGAGAGAGAAGAGGAACUGAAGCCUCAAAGCUGUUAUUUCUUGAAGGAUAAUGAUGAUUGGUAA